CUCACGGAAGUUGGCUACUUUGAGUCAUAGGCGUGUGCCGCGUCGGGGCUGUGGGAAUAAGAUGGCGGGGAAGAAGAAUGUUCUGUCGUCUCUGGCAGUUUAUGCGGAAGAUUCAGAACCCGAGUCUGAUGGCGAAGCUGGAGUCGAAGCGGUGGGCAGCGCGGCCGAGGAAAAAGGCGGAUUGGUUUCUGACGCCUAUGGGGAAGAUGACUUUUCUCGCCUAGGAGGUGAUGAAGAUGGUUACGAGGAAGAGGAGGAGGAGAACAGCAAACCGUCGGAAGAUGACGAUUCAGAGCCUGAAAAACCUGAGGCUGAUGACCCAAAGGAUAAUGCAGACGUAGAGAAGCGAGACCCCCAGGAACUCGUUGCUUCCUUUUCUGAAAGGGUCCGGAACAUGUCGCCUGAUGAGAUCAAGAUCCCACCAGAACCCCCUGGCCGAUGCUCAAAUCACUUACAAGACAAGAUCCAGAAGCUGUAUGAGCGAAAGAUAAAAGAGGGAAUGGAUAUGAACUACAUUAUCCAACGGAAGAAAGAAUUCCGGAACCCUAGCAUCUAUGAGAAGCUGAUUCAGUUCUGUGCCAUAGACGAGCUCGGCACCAACUACCCAAAGGAUAUGUUCGACCCCCAUGGCUGGUCUGAGGACUCCUACUAUGAGGCAUUAGCCAAGGCCCAGAAGAUCGAAAUGGACAAAUUGGAAAAGGCCAAGAAGGAGAGAACCAAAAUUGAGUUUGUGACGGGCACCAAGAAAGGCACCACGACCAACGCCACGGCCACCACCACCACCGCCGCCAGCACGGCUGUCGCAGAUGCCCAGAAGAGAAAGAGCAAGUGGGACUCCGCCAUCCCCGUGACGACCAUAGCUCAGCCCACCAUCCUCACCACCACGGCCACCCUGCCAGCCGUCGUCACGGUCACCACCAGCGCCAGCGGCUCCAAGACCACUGUCAUCUCUGCUGUGGGCACCAUUGUGAAGAAGGCAAAGCAGUGACCAGGGGCCACUCUGGAGCCGGGACUUACUGAACUGUGCCCCCAGUGGCCGCUGCCCGCUGGAGGGCGCCACACUGUACAUUGCGAAUCCUAGAGCCUGCUCCCAGGGACCGUGAGAGGGCCUGUGCGAGGCUCUCGGCCAAGGAGGGGGCGCUGUGGCCAGUGUGUCUACAUACCACGUGGGGUCUGCCGCCUAUUAAAGCGCCACAUUCGCGGCCUGGCCUUUCCUGCAGGCUGCUACGUGUGGAAGCCCAAGCGCCCCUGCGCCUCCUCAGUGGGGGUCACUGCCUCGGGUUGACGGUGGGGUGACAGAAGCCUGUGGCACUGCUGAGCACAGCCAGGAAGUCACCCUGGUUCUCCACGCCUGCCUCGUGGUGUGGCAGGUGGGAGCCCAGGAGGGGCCGAGGCCCCGUGUGCCCCCACCUGCCGCUCGGACCCGACCCCAGCAGGGUCUCAGGGGAGGUGCAGCCGAGCGCUCCCCAGACUGCUUCUUGACAUCGGGCUCUGGAAGUCAGCCAGGUACCACACGCCUGGAGUGAGACCCCCGGCUGCGCAGAGGGAGGCGACGGCACCUGGUGCCCAGGCAGCUCGGCCGGCAGGGUCUGCACGCAGCGGAGAUGAAUCACCUCCUGGCCGGGCUGGCGGCGGUGUUGUUUGUGUGAGAGCUGCCCCAGGGAGGGCCGGCCACCCCGCCCUUCCUCUGUUGUUAUCUCUGCCCCGCAGCGCUGGGCAGCACCAGUGGACACUGGGCUCCUCUGGGGCUCAACGGCCGCCCCCGGCCACGAGUCUGGGAAAGACUGCUUCCCUUCCUCCGGCGGAAGGGCCGGGUGUCAGAGGAGGAAGCCGGGCUGCGUCCGUGGAGCAGGUGGAGGAGCUGCCCGGUGCUGUUGUGUGGCCUGAGGAGUGUGGCGACCUCUGCCCUGAGGGCCCCAAAAUAAAAACCGAGUCACAAGUG